AUGGCCGAAUUGUACGACAAACUCUCCGAAUAUACGAAUGGUGUCAAAGAUGCGAAAAAGAAGGCUGAACAGAUUACCCGCGAAUUGGACACACUGGUGGAUCUCCUCGAGCAUCUAGAGACCGCCACUAGCAGGAUGGACCCUACCACACCUAUCGCAUUAGUCAAAACUAUCAUCCAGCAAUGCGCACUCUCCAUAGAGUCAAUCAGGUCGAAAGUCGGGGAUGAUACUCCUUCGACGAACUCUAGCAGGUUUUCGACGCAGUCGCGGAAAGUGAUCAAGCGACUGGCGUAUCCGUUUAAAGAAAGCGACAUCAAGUACUGGAGAGAUGCUUUGAGCAGUAUUCGACAGAAUCUGCAGAUCGCAUUACAGGCACUAGAGAUGUAA